AUGAAAUGCGCAAAGAAAAAAUACAAAUAUUUAAUUGAAGAUGAUCGAAUAGAUAUGGAGAAAAUACUUUAAAAUAUUAGAUAUACUUUGGGUAUUUAUAAUCAUAAAUAUAGAUAUUACAUAGUAUGAAUAAAAUGAAUUGUAAAAAAUGUUUUGUGUAAUAAAAGACAAAAUGCAUUGUCUUGAAACUUAAAUUUAUACAAUUUAAAAGGAAGAAAGAGCAUUAUAAAGUGAGAACGAUGAGCUCCAAUAUUUUAUUAAUGAAAAAAAAUAAAUGUUAAAAGAACUAAAUUCUUUAAUUGAAAUCGUUGAAGUUUCAAAUGAAAAUUUUUAACUUGAUGGUGAUUCUUCUAUUAAUUUGUAUCACAUUUUGUAAACUUACACUCCUAGAAAAUAAAAAGUAGGAAUGGAUAUACUUUUAAAUAUAUAGAAAGAAGAAUAGUAAAUAUAAGAAUUGAAAGGUUUAUUAUAAACAGUCUAAAAUAAAAUUAUAAAUUUAAAUUAGAAUGAAUUGUUUUGGUCAUGUAUUCGUUGUAGGAAAAGAUUGUAGGAAGGACAAAAUGAAUAAGUAAACACAUUCUAAAUUUUAGUCUUGCAUUUAUCAUUCUGGCCAACUAAAAUAUUUUUCUUGUAGGACUUGUGGAGCAGAUGAAUAUUUUACUUGUUGUCAUCAAUGCCGAGAUUGUAAUUCCGGCUGCAAAAUGGGUCUGCAUAAACCAUGAUUUACGGAUUUUUAAUCAGUAAUUUAUUGAUUAUCUUAAAGGCU